AUGGUUGCCCUGGAAACAGUUCGCGCAUCGAACGAAAAGAUCGCAUCCACCCUUCCUCCUGGACUUGUCGCCGUGUUCGUCGGUGCAACAAAUGGUGUUGGAGAAGCUACAGUCCGCCAGUUCGCGAAAUGGACAGCGGCUCCGCGAGUCUAUCUGAUUGGACGCUCGCAGGAAGCCGGCACACGCAUUGUUAAUGAGUGCAAAGCAUUAAAUCCACAGGGCGAAUUUACGUUUAUCAGUAAAGAUACAAGUUUGAUUCGUAAUGUCGAUGAGAUUUGCGCCCAGAUAAAGGAGAAUGAGAAAUCGGUGAACCUGCUGUUUCUCACCAUCGGCACUUUGCAGACUGGUAAAACAACCGACGAAGGUCUCCAUUACCCUGCAGCACUGGCUGUCCAUGCACGCAACCGGUUUAUCUCCAAUCUCCUUCCUCUAAUCAAUAAUGCCACAUCCUUGCGCCGAGUCGUCUCAGUGUUUAUUGCAACUCUCGAAGGAGAGAUUCAAAUGGACGACUUCCAAGGUUGGCAUAUGAAGCUCAUGGCCAACAGAGAUCACGCCGCUUCUAUCACAACCCUCUCGCUGGAAAGCCAUCACAAGGAAAAUCCAAAUGUGUCUUUUAUUCACAACUUUCCUGGUGUGGUAAAAUCAGGCAUCACACGCGGUACUUCUGGGCCUGUCUUGACUGCCGUCAAAGCCGUAGUUCGUAUCUUUGGCUCGCUGUUCUACAUGCCUCCAGAAGAGGCCGGGGAUCGUCAUGUGUUUCUAUCGACGAGUGCAAGAUAUUCAGCCGGCUUGGAAGAUCCAGCAGCUGGUGUUCCGCUUCUUGACGACAUCUCCGUUGCCAGAGGGUCUGAUGGGACAGUCGGCAGCGGUGUCUACUCCAUCAAUGCGAGUGGCGAGAGUGCUGGACCAAAAGUAGAGGAGGCUCUUGUAUCCUUGAGAAGCAGAGGUAUGAUGGAGAAAGUCAUGGACACAAUCACGGCAGAUACGAACAAGGCGCUCGCAACUCACCAAGAGUCCGGAAACCGCAAAUUUCAGGCAGAACAACAUUACACCCCAGUAGAAAGACCAACAUGA